AUGGGGCCUAGCAGAAUGUUCAGGUCAAUAUUAAGGCCACCGCUCGCUAUUGGAAUCCGUACCCAGUUGACUGCGCUAGUCUGUUUCGUCGCAUGUGUUUCAUUGAUAAUUUUAGCAGUUCCAACGGGGAUAUAUUUUACUGUGAACUAUAAACAUAUGAGAGUAGAUCGACUAUCUAUUGCUGCCGAACUAAAAUCUUCGCAGGUAGAUCAAACUUUAAAUUUUCUAUAUUAUCAAUGUUAUUGGUUAUCUAUUAGAGAUACACUUCAGACUGCUAUGGCUAACUAUUUUGCUGGGAAUAAAAGUAGUUCGGUUUGGUAUGAUUCUCAAGUUGUAGUCGAGAAAUUUUUAAGUUCUUCGGAUAUCUUCUCUAUUAGCAGACUAUAUGAUGCAAAUUUUAACCUGGUAAUGAAUGCAACAAAUAAUGGCACUGGUAAUGUUGUGCCGAACGACGUUCUUGCGAAACUAUUACCGUUAUCUUCAAGUGAUCCAUUACCAGCAUCACUGGGAUCCUCUGGGAUGCUGACGGACCCUGUACUGAAUAGUACAACUUAUUUAAUGUCAAUGUCAUUGCCAAUUUUGGCAAACCCUUCUAUCAUUUUAACAGAUUCAAAAGUCUAUGGAUAUAUUACAAUUAUAAUGUCUGCCGAAAGUUUAAUGAGUGUUUAUAAUGAUACAACGGCGUUGGAAAAAUCAAAUGUUGCUAUUGUUUCAGGGGAAUAUAGCGAUUAUUCAGCAUCAUUAACAGAAUAUCAUUUUGUCUUCCCUCCUUACGGUGCAACUCCAAAAAUUAUUGAUAUCUACUAUCCAUUACAAAAUGGAUCCUUCCUAUAUGAUGCAAUGAAUAAUCAAAAGAAAGGUUCUAUUAUGAAAACUAAGUUUUUUUAUAAUAAUGAUGUAGCAAUUGGUUAUUCUCCUUGUUCAUUUGAUCUAGUAAGUUGGGUAGCUAUUGUCAGUCAGCCGGAAUCGGUAUUUUUAUCGCCUUCAACUAAAUUAACAAGAAUUAUUGCAGGUACAGUAGUUGCAAUCGCUGUUUUUGUCUGUUUUGUUACUUUCCCAUUGUCACAUUGGGCUGUGAAGCCAAUAGUUAGACUACAAAAAGCAACUGAAUUAAUAGCAGAAGGUCGUGGAUUAAGAUCGAGUAGUAAUAGAACACUAAGCAGAAAUGGUUCCCUAAAGUUUGGAAGAUAUAGUAUAGAUAGUCCAAUAAUACCGAUUAGUCCCACCUUCCUUCAUAAUAAUAAUAAUCAUCAUCGCAACUCUUCAAAUGAGAGUCAUGAUCCUGAGAAAUUGUCCCAUCUCUCUAAUGAUAUUUCAAAAUCGUCAAACUCGUCCAGUACAGGAAGCAGAUUCCAUUUUGUAUGCAUUUUCUUCUCAUCACAUAAAUCAUCAAACACUCCUCCCCCACCAAUGAGUACUAUCUUAGAAACUAAAGUUCCUGUCUAUAGAAGACUCUUUUUAGAUGAACUGUCUGAAUUAACCGAUACCUUUAACACAAUGUCGGAUGCAUUAGAUCAACAUUAUGCUUUGUUAGAAGAAAGAGUUCGAGCAAGAACUAAACAAUUAGAGGCUGCAAAGAUUGAAGCAGAAGCUGCUAAUGAAGCAAAAACUGUUUUUAUUGCAAAUAUUUCCCAUGAAUUAAGAACCCCAUUGAACGGUAUUCUUGGUAUGACUGCCAUUUCAAUGGAAGAAGAUGAUAUCGAUAAUAUUAAAAGCAGCUUAAAAUUAAUUUUUAGAUCUGGAGAACUUUUAUUACAUAUUUUAACAGAAUUAUUAACUUUUUCUAAAAACGUUUUACAGAGAACAAAACUAGAAGAGAGAGAUUUUUGCAUUACUGAUGUUGCAUUACAAAUUAAAUCCAUUUUUGGUAAAGUAGCUAAAGAUCAACAUGUCAAGUUAUCGAUUUAUUUAAUACCUAACGAAAUUAGGACAUUAGUCUUGUGGGGGGAUUCAAACAGAAUCAUUCAAAUUGUGAUGAAUUUAGUUUCAAAUGCUUUGAAAUUCACACCCAUUGAUGGUAAAGUUAGUGUAAGAAUGAGUUUAUUAGGUGAAUAUGAUAAAGAAAAAAGUAAAGCAGCCGAUUAUAAAGAAGUAUUUGUUAAAACUGGUACUGAGCCUGAAGAAAACUAUUCCAAAAUAUUACAAAAAUUAAAUACUGAAAAAUUAAUUGCCACUAGGUCAGCUCGUUCUUGUGAUAACGAAGAAAGACAUAAUGAACUUAUUGGCGAGAAAAAUGAUAUUAUCUCUAAUAAUCAUCAAAGUAGUAACACUACAUUUGAUAUCAGCAUACAUAACAGAACCAGAGAUGAUACCCUUAGUUUGCUCUCUACCAGUACUAGUUCUUAUGACGAAACCGUAUUUAAUGAUCAAUUUAAGAAAAUCACUGGGUUACAAGAUCAUGAUGAAGAGCGGUUGGGAGUUGAAAUUAAAGAACCUAAAACAUGGGUUAUCUGUAUUGAAGUAGAAGAUACUGGUCCAGGUAUUCACCCAGCAUUACAAGAAUCAGUCUUUGAACCAUUCGUCCAAGGUGACCAAGCUUUAUCGAGACAAUACGGUGGUACUGGUUUAGGUUUAUCCAUCUGUAGACAAUUGGCUACAAUGAUGAACGGUACUAUGGUUUUAGAAUCAAAAGUGGGUAGUGGCAGUAAAUUUACAUUUACUGUACCUUUAACUCAAACUCGUGAAAUUGUUAUUGGUGAAGACGAAGAUAUUAAUGAAUUUUUUGACGAUGAAUUUAAUAUUUAUAGUAAAAAGAAUCGUAAAGUUAAAUUCGCAAUUCCAUCAUCACCAGGCACUACACUUGCUAAUAGUAGCCUAAAAAGUCGUAAAUCCAAGGGAUCUCUCAAUAGUAGUUUUGUUGGCGAAAUACAAAAUGUAAAUGAAGCUGAGGAGGAUGCAUACAAUAGUAAGGAUAUAAAUAGUAGUGGUGAACUAAAAAUUCGUCAUAUUAGCACUUCAACUAGCAAUAAUAAUAGUAUACCAUCCUUGGAUAGACCAUUUUUGCAAAGUACUGGUACUGCUACAUCCACGAUGAAAAUUCCAGUUCUAAAAGAUUUUUCAAACUCAGCAACUAAAGACAAUGUUACGAAUGACGAGGGUAAAUCAGAUUUAUCGAAAAAAGGUAAUAGUGGCGGUACUAUUAUUCAAGAAGGCGUCACUCAAAAUAAUUCGUCAAUCAUAAUUGAUGAGGAGGAGGAGGAUGAAGGUAUCAGAAUUUUGGUAACUGAAGACAAUCAUGUUAAUCAAGAGGUUAUUAAACGGAUGUUAAAAUUAGAGAAAUUAUCUAAUAUCGACCUUGCAUGUGAUGGUGAGGAAGCCUAUACAAAAGUUAAAGAAAUUACAAGUAUAUCUAAUCCAAAAAAGAAAAAUUAUUAUGAUUUGAUUUUUAUGGAUGUCCAAAUGCCCAGAAUGGAUGGUUUAGAGAGUACCAAACUAAUCCGUAGUGAAUUAAAGUAUACAAAGCCAAUAGUAGCUCUAACAGCCUUUGCUGAUGAGAGUAACAUUAAAGAAUGUUUAGAUGUUGGAAUGGAUGGUUUCUUAUCUAAGCCAAUCAAAAGACCAAAAUUAAAAGAUAUACUAAAUGAAUUUUGUCCGGGCUAUCACCUUCAAAAUAAUACAGACACAAAUAAAGGACUUCAAAAAUAA